AAACUCUGACUUUCCUCUCUUUUUCAGGAGCAGGGUGAGAAGAAGGAGAACCCCAUGCGCGAGCUUCGCAUUCGCAAGCUCUGCUUGAACAUUUGUGUUGGUGAGAGUGGAGACAGACUGACCCGAGCAGCCAAAGUGCUGGAGCAGCUCACGGGACAGACGCCCGUCUUCUCCAAAGCUCGCUACACUGUGAGAUCCUUCGGUAUCCGCAGGAAUGAAAAGAUCGCAGUGCACUGCACUGUCCGUGGAGCUAAGGCCGAGGAGAUCCUGGAGAAGGGGCUGAAGGUGAGGGAGUACGAGUUGAGGAAGAACAACUUCUCUGACACCGGAAACUUUGGCUUCGGCAUCCAGGAACACAUCGAUCUGGGGAUCAAGUACGACCCCAGCAUCGGCAUCUACGGCUUGGACUUCUACGUGGUCCUGGGCAGACCUGGGUUCAGCAUCGCCGACAAGAAGCAGAAAACGGGCCGCAUCGGCUUCCGGCACCGCAUCCGCAAGGAGGAGGCCAUGCGCUGGUUCCAGCAGAAGUAUGACGGCAUCAUCCUCCCUGGGAAGUAACAGGACCACGUUUUUUUUGUUUGUAACAUGAAAAAUAAAUUUUGGUGCAAACCGGA